AUGGAGCGUUUGGAACCCGAAAAUAUCAUCCACGCCGACGAUUUUGACGACGGUGAUUCCGUUGUCUCGGCGCCACUGACAGAUUCUCUUGUAUCCCUAAGAUCGAGUAUCCUACAGCAUCAGCUUGAGAAUGGGCGAACCUACCACUCCAUGAGCGCUGGGAAAUACGCAUACCCCAACGACAAGAGCGAAAAUGAGCGCCUGGAAAUCCAGCAUAAUGUCUGGCUGUUGACGCUCCAAGGGUCUCUCGCCCUCUGUCCUUUUGGAGAGAAGGGCGCCAAGCGAGUUCUUGAUUUGGGCACUGGAACUGGGUGCUGGGCUAUCGAAUACGCCGACGCCUUUCCCGGAUCAGAGGUGAUUGGUGUGGAUCUUAGUCCAACGCAGCCGAGUCUCGUCCCCGUUAACUGCUCCUUUGAGAUAGAUGACCUAGAGAAGGAUUGGACCUGGACCAAGCUAUUUGACUUUGUCUUCAGUCGUGUCAUGGCUGGCAGCUUCCAAGACUAUGACUCCUAUAUCCAAAAAGCAUACAACUCUCUCGAACCAGGUGGUUGGUUUGAAAUGCAAGAUAUUGUCCUUCCUUACACAAGCGACGACGGUACACUCCCUCCCGACUCAGAGCUAUGCAAACUAGGCGACUACUUUUGCGAGACAAGCAGCCUUCUCGGUCGCCCUAUCGAUGUUCCACUCAAGUACAAGAGCCUGAUGAAGAAGGCCGGCUUCGUCGACAUCGUGGAGCGACAUUACAAGUGGCCACUGAGUGCCUGGCCCAAGGACCCCCACUACAAGGAACUAGGCGCGUGGACAUUUGCCAACUUGGACAGUGGCCUUGAGGGCUUGACGCUGGCCCUUUUCACGAGGGCGUUGAAGUGGAGCAAGGAGGAGACGAUGGUCUUUUGCGCCGAGGUGCGGAAACAGCUUCGAGAUCUUCGUAUUCACGCCUACCUCCCGGUCGUUGUUGUGUAUGGGAGGAAGCCCGAGUAG